CCCGCACCACACAAUGCUGCGUAUCGUUCUCGCUAGCGCCACACUGCGUGCCGCCACCACGCCUACCUCCCUGGCAUCGUCCCCUGCUGUCGCCACUGCUCUGGCGGGCGUGCGGACGCUGACGUCGUCCUCUGCAGCUGCGGCCGGCGAGGCGACCAACCGCAACGCCAAGCGGCCCAUCUCGCCGCAUGUCACCGUGUACAAGUUCCCGGUCACCGCUAUCUCGUCCAUCAUGAACCGUGUGACCGGUAUGGCUCUGGUCGGCGGCCUCGCCACCGCCUCGCUCGUCUAUCUGCCCUCGUCGGGCGACAUCACCGACUGCGUCCACGCCUUCAAGGACGCCGCUCCCGCCCUCGUCCCGCUCGCCAAGUUCUCUGUCGCCUUCCCGCUCACCUACCACUACCUGGCUUCCGCCCGCCACAUCUACUGGGACGCCACCGCAAAGGGCCUUGACCUCGAGUCGGUCAACACAUCCUCGACCGCCAUCAUCGGCUCCGCCUCGGCUCUCUCCGCCGUUCUCGCCUUUAUGUAG